AUGGCAGAGACAGAGGUGAAGAGAGCAAAGCCCACAGCACCUGUAGCACCUUUAGCACCUGUGCCAGUGGAGCCGACGGAGCAGAAGGCAAAGAGCAAAGAGCCGUGUAAGACGUGUCAGAAGCACAAGGCUCCUGGAAACAUGGCCGUCCCUCCAGCGUACGCCGAUCUGGGAAAGUCCGCCAAAGACAUCUUCAGCAAGGGCUUCGGUUAUGGCAUUCUGAAGCUGGACAUCAAGACCAAGUCCCAGAAUGGAGUGGAGUUUGCCACCUCUGGGUCCAGCAACACGGACACAGGGAAGUCCGGCGGUCACCUGGAGACCAAGUACAAGCUGAGCGACCUCGGCCUCAGCUUCAACCAGAAGUGGAACACGGACAACACGCUAACCACAGAGAUCACCAUGGAGGACCAGCUGGCGAAGGGACUGAAGCUCGGUUUGGACACAGCCUUUGUGCCGAACACCGGGAAGAAAAGUGCCAAAGUGAAGAGUGCGUACAAGCGUGAGUUCAUAAAUGCCAGCUGUGACCUGGUUCUGGACGGAGCGGGGCCCACGGUUCACGCCGCUGCGGUCCUGGGCUACGAGGGCUGGCUGGCCGGGUACCAGGUCGCCUUCGACACGGCCAAGUCGGUACUGAGCCAGAACAACUUCUCCAUCGGGUACAAGGCCGGGGACUUCCAGCUGCACACCAACGUGAACGAUGGUACAGAGUUUGCUGGUUCCAUUUACCAGAAGGUGAACAGCAGCCUGGAGACGGCGGUGAAUCUGGCCUGGACCGCGGGCAGCAACAACACACGCUUUGGGAUUGGGGCCAAGUAUCAGCUGGACAAGGACACAUCCCUCAAUGCCAAAGUGAAUAACACCUGCCUUGUUGGAGUUGGAUACACACAGACACUCAGGCCCGGUGUGAAACUCACGCUCUCGGCUCUCGUGGACGGGAAGAACGUGAACGGCGGCGGACACAAGGUCGGCCUGGGCUUCGAGCUGGAGGCUUAA